GCUGAGGCUCUGGCUGGAAUGACAACUAAAACAGCAAAAAAAGUCCUGCGAACAGAGUUCAUACAAUUUGUGAGCUGCCUGACAUCCAUCUAGCACAGGAUACCACACGUUUCUGGAAACCUGAGGUACUCUGUCCUGCCAGGCGCCAACGUGCUGCGUCACUGCGCUUAGGUACGUGUAACGUAAAAAUCAUAGUCUCGCGAGAUGUAACUGGUGAAGUGUCUGGAAGGUGUACAGGAGUUUCAUAGAAGCGGCGCCGACUGUCCCGGGAGAGGCGGGAGUGUUGGUCGGCUUUGUUGUGACUGAGCAGGAAUGUCUCUGGAUGUGACUUUCCUGGGCACAGGGUCGGCCUAUCCAUCUCCAUGUAGAGGAGCCUCGGCCGUGGUUUUCAGAACAGAAGGUGAAUGUUGGUUGUUCGAUUGUGGAGAAGGGACCCAGACUCAGUUCAUGAGGAGUCCGCUUAAAGCAGGACGUAUUACAAAGAUCUUUAUUACGCACCUUCAUGGGGAUCACUUGUUUGGGCUGCCUGGUUUUCUCUGCACUGUCAGCCUCCAGUGUGGCUCUGUACCAACCAAACAGCUGGUGGAAAUCUACGGUCCUGUGGGACUGAGAGACUUUGUCCAAAGGAGCCUGGAAAUCUCCCACUCGCAGCUUGCUUUCCCCUACGUGGUCCAUGAAUUGGUGCCGUCACCAGAUCAGUGUCCAGCGGAAGAAUUCAAAGACUUGUCAUCCCGCUGCGGAGAGAGCUGUCUGUCUGCAGACGGGCAAGGCCGGACCAUUUAUGAGUCUCCUGAAGACGGGAGUUAUGAACUUAUUGCAGAUGAACAAUUCCUUGUGAAAGCAUUUAAACUUUUCCAUCGGAUCCCAUCUUUCGGCUUCGUUAUAGAGGAAAGAGAGCGUCCGGGGAAGCUAAACAUGCAGAAGCUAAAGGAAUUAGGUAUCCAGCCUGGCCCUGUGUGUGGGAAGCUAAAGCUCGGUGCUACAGUUACCCUGGAAAACGGACAGGUGGUCUCCCCUUGCGAUGUAUUAGGAGAUCCUAUUCCUGGCAGGAAAGUCUGCAUUUUAGGUGACUGCUCGGGUGUUGUCGCAGUAGGCGGGGCCAAGCUGUGCUAUGACGCAGAUGUCCUGAUUCAUGAAGCGACCCUGGAUGACGGCCAGAUGGACAAAGCCAAAGAGCACGGUCACAGCACACCAAAAAUGGCAGCAGACUUUGCAAAUCUGUGUCGUGCAAAAAAGCUGAUUCUGACUCACUUCAGCCAGAGGUAUAAGCCCCCGGGAUUGGUCACUGAGGGGGAUGAGGAUGUGACUGUGCUUAAGCAACAAGCCGAAAGUGCUUUAUCUGGGCAGCAUGUGACCCUUGCAGAGGAUUUUAUGGUCAUUAACAUUCCAAUGAAAAAGCAAUGAUAAUGCGCGUGUCCCUAUAGCUACAAUACCCAGCACCCCCUGCAGCCUUCAGCUGCCCAUGUGAUGCUGUGAGUUGAAGUUCCAGCACAUCUGGAGGGCUACUGGUUUAUCCUAAUCUAUAGCAAGGAUUAAA